UACUACAUUCGGGAAUACGAAUUUUAUCAUCUGAAAGAUUGUAUAAAACAAAAGCAAAUGUGGCUCAACAACUGCUAGAAGACUUUGUUGAUUUGUUUGGGAACAUUUUUGGUGAUCACGUUAUAAGUUUUAAUGUGCACGGUUUGCUGCAUUUAUCUCAAUGCGCUAAAGAUAUGGACCCUUGGACAAUUUCUCCGCGUACAAAUUUGAAAAUUAGUUGCAAUAUUUGAAAAGGCUUAAUAAAAAACCUACAAACAUUCUGCAGCAGUUAUUUCUAAGACUCGACGAAAGGAAAAAUGUAGAAAUGCCUAAAAUCACAAAAUUUGGUUCCUUCGAAAUAGAUCCAAAAAAGGAAAAAGAUUCGUUUUGUUUCAGUCCAGUAACAGGACCUUUCAAAAUCGUUGAAACUUCAAGAGAAUUGGGGCAGGAUGUAGUAUUAGGAUAUGCUUUUGAACAAAUUAAUAAUUUGUUUGAGGAACCGCUUAAAUCUGUAUCUGCACUUGGUAUAUUAACGGCAGGUCAAUUGAGCAAUGAAAAGUUUAAAAUCCGCAAAUCAGAUAUUCAAUAUAAAUUUUUAGUAUCCCAUACAAUAAUGAGUUUCUUUUGAUCCCAAUUCUACACCACUUAUUUUACGAGUUUUCGAACUAAUCAUUUAAAACCCCCACAUAUACAUACAUAUCUAUUUACUUUACUCAAAUAAUAUCGCUAUACAGUUCCAAUCGCCAAACUUAAAAACCUUAAAAAAUCGAAAAUGGACUUAAAUAAUAAUCCCAACGGCUCACUGAAAGAACAAAAACGAAUUUUCGUUAUUGACCGAAAAAAAUUGAGGACUACCACUACUUUUAAUAAUUCUGUACCAUACCCUGGGACGCAUAAAAUUGACAUAAGAUCGAAAAUGCUUUCUGUAGUUCCGCCCACCUCCCAACCAGGAAUAAUGCCAUCCAAUACUGUUGCCAAAUCUUCAAUUGGUACCGACUCCUUUAAUUUAUUGACAGCAAGGACCCAAGGCACAGGAAGUUUUACAUCAGCCCAUUUGACAGAGGCUUUUUCUACUGCUAAUCAUUCUGCUGUGGCGAAAUACGUGAAACUUCCUUCAAUUUCCACUUCCAUAAAAGACAAUCUUAGACAAGUUGCAGUUGAUCAAGCAAGCUGUCCAGUUGAAACCGAAACUGCUUACCCCAAAACUGACAAUAUGACAGCUUCCAGAACUGCCAGCCAUCCCACUUCAUAUAGAGAAGCUCUUACUCAGAUUAUCGGUCUAUGCAACACCAUUUUGGAGAGACAAAGCAAGGAGGCUAAGGUCGAUGAUUUGCAAAAGAAGAUAACCGAAAAUAUGCCAGAUCGAUGCGAGGGGGUGGCUCAGCAAAAAACUCUUCGAGAAUGCAAAGUGCUAAUCAAAAAGGUGCAUCAGUCAUUCUGUCGAAUAAAUGGGGGCGCUGUUACUGAGCUCCAAUUGGAAAUUUCAGAUGUUCUCCCAUUAAAAACCAUUGACGCAUUGUUUGAUGUGGAGGAGAAACUGCAAAGCAAUGAAUAUAAAGAGGAAAUGGUAUGAACGAAAUAGA